CGUGCAUUAGUGUGUUUUCUUACUUUUUAAAAGAUAUGGAAACAUUAAUUUCAACGAACACUUUCAAUGCGACGAUUUCUCUUUACGAUGAAGCUAAUCCUUCAGAAUUGUCGAUCAUCACAACUACUGUAGGACCAAAAUUUGCAAGACAAUGGAUGCGUUUUAAUAAUCAAACAGUUGUUAGCAAAGUACCUGAAGAAAUGUUACAUUUAAUUGAUACAUAUUGGUACAGGUUUCCUCCAUUGAAUCCAUUAUGGCAUAAAGUCUUAGGCCUAGUUAUGAUCAUAUUAGGAAUUAUGGGAUGGUGUGGACAUGGCGUGGUAGUUUAUAUUUUUUUAAUAACACCCUCGCUAAGAACACCGAGCAACCUUCUUGUAGUAAAUCUUGCUUUCUCAGACUUUAUAAUGAUGGACUUCAUGUGCCCUCCCAUGGUAAUUUGUUGUUUCUACGAAACAUGGGUCCUUGGAACAUUAAUGUGUGAUAUUUAUGCAAUGAUUGGUUCAUUAUGUGGGUGUGCUUCUAUAUGGACAAUGACAGCUAUUGCUUUAGAUAGAUAUAAUGUUAUAGUGAAGGGUAUGUCUGGAACACCGCUUACUAUUAACAGAGCUAUAUUUCAAAUUUUAGGUAUCUGGUUAUUUGGAUAAUUGUGGACUAUUUUACCUUUAGUAGGAUGGAACAGGUAUGUUCCCGAAGGUAACAUGACAGCAUGUGGAACGGAUUAUCUUACCGAGGAUUGGGGAUCUAAAUCUUAUAUAUUAAUCUAUUCUAUGUUCGUUUAUUACACUCCAUUAUUUACUAUUAUUUAUAGUUAUUACUUCAUUGUUUCUACGGUCGCUGCACAUGAGGAAGCAAUGAGAGAACAAGCUAAAAAAAUGAAUGUCGCCUCUUUACGAUCCGGAGAAAAUCAAGGCGGUAGUGCGGAAGCAAAAUUAGCGAAGGGAAAGGAACAGCUGACAUUACACUCUGAUUGUGAUAAGACUUUGGCAGAUAUAAUUAAGCUUUUAAAAGCUGAAAUUGUUAUUGGUAUUGGCGGAUAUGCAGAAAAACGAGCACAGCUAGUUGUUAAAUCUCAUAAUCUGCAUGUACAGGUAUUAUGUUUACCUCACCCAAGUCCACGUGCUGCAAAUAAUAAAAACUGGAAUGAGAAAGCAACUAAAAAGUUGACAGAAUUUGGUUUACUUCAGUAUUUUGCUGCUUAGUGAUAUAUAAUGAACAGUCUUACUUGGAUGGAU